AUGGCCAAAUCGGCGCUGGAGACUUACGGCCACGACAUCGUCGACAAAGCAGAGAAACAAAUUCUCGACCCAAUCUCCGGCCGCCACCAAGAAAUCCGCCGCCUCCUCACCAUUCUCUGCCGUAAAACCAAACGCAAUCCCAUCCUAAUCGGCGAGCCAGGCGUCGGAAAAACCGCCGUCGUCGAAGCACUCGCACAGAAAAUCGCCGCCGGAAAUUUACCGACCAAGCUCUCCGGCGCAAGAAUCGUUGAACUGGACAUGGGUGCCAUAAUCGCAGGAACAAUUUACAGAGGUCAAUUGGAACAGAGACUGAAGGAUGUGAUGAAGGAAGUGGAAGAAUCGGAAGGGAAAGUGAUAAUUUUCAUCGACGAAAUUCAUUUAGUGGUCGGAAAUAGCGGAACCGCCGCCGACAUUCUGAAACCAGCAUUAGGGAGAGGGAAUUUCCGGUGUAUCGGAGCGACGACGUUGAAGGAAUAUAAAAUGUAUAUUGAGAAGGACUCGGCUCUGGCGAGGAGAUUUAAACAAGUUUAUGUGAAUGAGCCGAGCGUUGAAGAUUCCAUUAGCAUUCUGAGAGUGUUGAAAGAACGAUAUGAAAAUCAUCAUGCUCUUAAGAUUAAGGACACUGCUCUUGUUGCUGCUGCUAAACUAUCUCAUCGCUAUUGUUUAGGACGACAACUUCCGGAUAAAGCAAUCGAUUUAGUUGACGAAGCAAGUGCAUGCUUGAGAGUUCAACUCGAUACCCAACCUGAAGAAAUCGACGAACUGGAGAAUAAAAGGUCAAAGCUUGAAGUUGAAGUCAACGCACUUGAGAAAGAGGACGACAAAGCAAGCCAAGCCCGUCUUCCUCAAGCGAAAAAGGAGCUCAAUGACUUGAACAACGAGCUGCAGCCAUUGUUAAUAAAGCAUCGCAAACAAAAAUCCGAGGUGGAUAAACUGAUACAACUGAAACAAAAGAAAGAAGAGAUAUUAGUUGAGAUUCAAGAGGCCCAAAAACGGCAAGAUUUAAUCAGAGCUGCAGAUCUCCGACGGCAGAAAUUAGAUGAAGUAGAAUUGAAAAUGGAUGAGGUUGAAAGGAGGAUAAAAAAACAGGGGUUUAUAGUGAAGGACACGGUUGGACCGAAGGAGAUAGCGGAUGAGGUGAGCCGGUGGACCGGGGUGCCGGUUUCGAGGCUGACCGGGGAAGAGAAGGAGUGGGUGAUGGGUUUGGCUGGGCGGUUGAAGAAAAGGGUUGUAGGACAAAAUGAAGCGGUCAAUUCAAUCACCGAAGCAGUGAUGAGGUUCAGAGCUGGGCUCGGAUUGCCGAACCAACCUAAUGGUUCGUUUUUGUUUUUGGGUCCGUCUGGGGUUGGGAAAACGGAACUAGCCAAGGGUUUGGCUCAUGAGCUUUUUAAUGAUGAGAGUCAUAUGGUGCGGAUCGAUAUGUCGGAGUACAUGGAGAAACACUCUGUUUCCAGGCUCAUCGGAGCUCCCCCUGGGUAUGUUGGAUACCAUGAAGGUGGGCAACUAACAGAGCCAGUGAGGCAGCGGCCGUACUGUGUAGUUCUUUUGGAUGAAGUGGAAAAAGCACACGUGGAUGUUUUGAAUAUUUUGCUUCAAGUUUUGGAUGACGGGCGGCUGACCGACGGGCAAGGUUCCACCGUGGACUUCAGGAACACAGUUAUUAUUAUGACUUCUAAUCUUGGAGCCGGGCAUCUUCUUUCUGGGCAAUUCGAAAAAUAUUGUUCCAUGCAAGUUGCUCGUGAUAGGGUUCUCCAAAAGGUGAAAGAACAUUUCAAGCCGGAGUUUUUGAAUCGGCUGGACGAGAUUCUGAUUUUCCAGCCACUUUCGAAAGAUCAACAAAGGAGGAUCACUAAAUCAAUGGUGAAAGAUGUUGCUCGCCUUCUUUCCGAAAAGGACAUUGCAUUGGCCGUGACGGAGGCCACUCUCGACUUCGUUCUUGAUCAAAGCUUUGAUUCGGUUUACGGUGCUAGGCCGAUCAGGCGGUGGCUGGAGAAGAAAAUUGUGACGGAGCUUUCGAAGAUGCUUAUAAAAGAAGAGAUUGACGAACAAUUCACCGUGUACAUCGAUGCUAGCAAUGGCGGAAAAGAUUUGGAGUAUAGAGUUGAGAAGAAUAAUGGUUUGUUUAAUGGAAUCAGUGAUCGAAAAUAUGAGUUAUUGAUUCAAAUUCCAUCUGUGGAGAAAAAUAAACGCGACGAAAGUGAUGAGGACGAAGAUGGACAAGAUGAAGAUGACGUUAAAACCAAUAGUGAUAGUGAUUAG